UAUGCUGUUUUCCAUAGCGCUCAACAUUUUCCGGUCUGCAGCGAACGGUAACACCUUUGUGCACAAAAAGUCGAAUUUCCUGCAUUUUCGAGUGUCAAAUUAUCAAAGUUAUAGUGCGUUUUAUGGUCUGAAAAUAGUUCCUUAGCACGCUACAGGCUACUGACUACCAAAUAGGCCGGUUGGGACUUAAGAAAAUGUUGCCAGUGGUACGAAAAAUACCCGUGGAAAAAGACGCAUGAGACUCGAAUUGCGAACCAGAUGAUAGAGUAGCGUGCCAGAGAGAGCGAGCGAGAGAGGAACAGAGCAAGAGGGAGAACGAGGAGGCCAGAGUAGACACAAAACUCCGAGCGGAGUUCUCGCCCAUUUUCCGGCCGAUUUUGCAGAGUAUAUAGCUGCCAUAUAGUCCCCAAGAUGGCAGAGGAGGUGCCGGGGGGCAAUAACGGCAAUGUGCCCGAUUCCGGAGCGGAGGAUGCUAACGCCUCGGUGAUCGUAGAGCCGGGAUCCGAAGGAUCCAAUGCCGGAACUCGUACCCUUCCGGCAGCGGCAAUGAAGUUUGCCGAUCUCACCGAAAGUGGCAGCGAAUCCGGGGACAACGAGGCUGAGGACUCUGCAGUCACGGCUCCAGAAAAUGUCGAAGCCAACGGUGAGCCGGGAACAAGUGCAUCCGCCACAGCAGAAACUGCAGCAGUGCGCUCCUCGCCGCCGCCCAAUUGCGCUAUCUGUUUGUCCCGCUGCCGCAGAAAGUGCUUCACAGACUCUUGCAUGCACCAGUUCUGUUUUAAGUGCCUCAGUGAGUGGAGCAAGAUCAAACCAGAGUGUCCGCUUUGUAAGCAGCCAUUCAAGACAAUUAUACACAAUGUCCGCACCCUGGAGGACUACGAUCGCUAUCCGGUGCAGACCUCUUCGCCAGUUCUGCCUGACCAUCCUGCCCUCCGCUUCCACAUCGUCAGGCGUCCCAGGUACAUGCCACUGGUGCAGAACCAGGCCGCCAUGACCAACGACAUAGAGGCGGGUUAUUCAGCCGAUCCAGCGUUAGAGGAAGUCAUUGCCGCUGGCGAGGUGGCAGCCGGCAGGCACUCGUACAGCCGUUUCGAGCCCUACCGCAUGGAGCUGUUGAACUACUAUAGGAACGACCAGGAUGCGGCCACCUCGCGCUCGUUGAGCCAGCUCUGGCGGCGCUAUGUGUACGAUAGAAAACUGUAUGCCCUGCCCGUAAGCGACAGCUUGACGGGACACUUUCGCGAGUGGAGUGCCCGCUUUUACAGAAACAAUCCCGCCCAGAUGCAUCGUCUGAUGCCUUGGAUUCAUCGCGACAUUGUUUGUCUUCUGAGAAAUGCCGCCCAUAGCGUAAGCACUGUGAUGCAGCUGAUGAACGACAUCCUGCCCAUGACCAACAUUCUGGGACCCACAUUCCGUCGCCGAUUGGCGCCGUUCUUGGGCGAGCGCACCAGCCACUUUAUCCACGAGCUGUUCAACUUCGCCCGCUCCCCGUUCGACAUGGUCGGCUACGACCAUGUGGUCCAGUAUUCGGCACGCGUGGCCGAGGAAGUUGAGGUGGAUCUGCUGGACAUGGUGGAGACGCAGUCGUCGAACGGCAGUGAUCUUCACCUGGAGGUGGGUGACGACGAUGCGGAGGGCGGCUAUGCGGAUUUCUCGAACGACUGGGAGCCCCCCAGUGGACGUCCGUCGACCAGUGUGAUUGUAACGAAUCCCGGUGCCACACAUUCCUUCAGCGUGACAAUGGCCAGCGAUGGCAGUGAGCUGCCGGGCAUCUCUAUACGCCGUACGACCACAUCCAACGUGGGCUCCCAAACGGUGGCCAUCAACCUAAGCAUGCGACGUCCAGCGGCGUCUGCGAGCGAGGAGGCGGAGAUCAUAGAGAUAGACGACGGCGAUGCAGCCGCAAAUGCAGAGGUGGCGGCCAUCAACAAUGGGAGCAAUCCCAGCGGGAGACACGCUGGCGCCACUCUCCCUGUAAGUGCCCACAUCGAACUGGAAAGCAGCAGUAGUUCUGGCGACGAAGACGAGUGUGUCUUUGUGCUUGAAUUGAAGCCACCACAUCUGCGAACUCCCGAGCAGGUGAGCUUGGACUCGAAUAGUGACUCUGAUGUGGUUUUUGUCAACGAGCAGAACGAAGCUCCCCCGGCUGCUAGUGUCAGCGAUCAAGCGAUACUUUCGCCGGCUGAUCAAACCUCCAGAGAUCAGGGAUUGUUCAUGGGCCCCAGCACAAGUGCGGCGGCCAACAGGGGCAAGAACUGGAAGUUGGUGGUGGCGGAGGCGCGUCGACUUGAUCAGUUGCGCACAAGGCGCUCGACCCGUUCAAAGAGAUCGCGCCAGCGGUCCUCCGCCCCUGCCCGAAGUGCCAGAGGCAGCAGCAAAAGUAGCAGCAGUAGCUCCUCCUUUCGCUUAAACAGCAGCAGUGAUGACGAUAGCAGUGACAGCAGUUCCUCCGAUGCGGAGCCGGUAAAGAAAAAACGCAAGCAGGUUUCACCCAAAAAACGUUCCGUGAGAGCUUCUAACAAGAAGGUUGCCUCGCGCAAGCGCAGUCGCCAAGCGGAUGAUAUUGAAGACCAAUUGGAGGCAAUGCGGAGACGUCUUGAGCGGGAACAGAGCGAUAAGGCUACGCAGAAUCAACCGGAAAGCAGCAGUGACAGCCCUAGUUCAUCUGAUGACGAAUCAGCUGGCGAUAGCAGUGAUACUUCCGUUUCAGGUCAACCCAACACAAACAACAAUAAUACCAGCAGUGAUGAUUCGGACGAUGACAGCACUGCAAACCUGCACCUCAGCGCUUUGCGGGCUACACUUAAAGCAGAGGCAGCUCUGGAGGAUCGGAAACCACUUAAACUGGAGCUACCGAUACCCCACGAAGAUACAGGAGGACCACAGCAGCAGGAGGAGCCCCAAAAUGCAGAGGGUAUUCUAUCGCCGACCAACGAUAUUGAGCCGGGAUGCAGUGCACCAAAGCGGCGAGGCAGCUGUAGCAACAGCACUCAAUCCAGCCAGAGCGCCAGUUUGGCCAGCACUUCGACAGCAACGUCGAGUUCGGUUCCGCUUAGUUCGUUUAACUGGCGGGCAGCGGACUUUGUCGUUGAUCUCCUGAUGCGUGGCAACGAGGCGACGGAGGAGCACGAUAUAGCGAACUCCCUAAUAGAAAUGUCCACGUUGACGCAGCCCAGGGAGAUUGGACUUUUUAACGAGCCGUCGGAUGGAGUGGAUAUUUCCCUCAGCCUCAUGCGCACCUCUCCACGCAACGCAUCUCCAGCUCUAGAAGAAGAUGCGAAUCUGGGUAUCUACUCGGAUGGAGAGGCGGAUCCGGAGGUGAGCAAUGAUCAGGUUGGCUAUUCCCUGGAGGCCGCAAUCGAUGUGGUUGGCGAAGCAGAAAUGGAAACCGCCGAGGAUACAGCCACUGCCACUGAGGAACAAGACGAAGAGGAAGAAGACGCCGAUGAAGUUGAAGAUGAACAGGAAGAGGACAAAGCUGAGGAAGAAGAUGUGGAAGAGGAUAACAGCGACAACAACGAUGAUGAGGAGGAUGAUCCGGAGCCAAAAAAUGUUGAUCCAGACGAUGAGGCCUGGACCGAGGCGUUUCUAGCCUAAGUUACUGGUUUUGAUUUUUUAAUAUAAGGGAAUUUUAAACUGGUUUCCGUCUUGUCUUGUUCCGAUUUCUGAACCCCCUGAAUCCAAAAGAAAAGAAAAAAAAUACUUGUAAUUAGAUGUGUAAGUAAUUAAAACCAGUAAGCGUUAGCUCAAAGUAGUUAUAUUCUAGGCCUAGUGUUGCCAUUUUAAGUUGUACAUAUUCAUCAGCUAAAUCUUAAAUUACUUUAUAUAAGAGUAUAUAUGUAUACAUAUUUGUAGACAUCUAUCAACUGCAACUUUAUUUUAAUUUUUUGCAUAUAGCCCACCCAAAAAUAUAUUCUAUACCCUUGAAUAUCUGACCCAUCCUAUCCCCACAUCGAUGUAAAUGUAUUUAUUUAGGUUAACCACAGUCUACUAUACUUACUACACAUAAUGUCAAACACCUUUACUGUUCGCAGCUUAUAAGCCGUAGGGAUAACGCUGGUCAUUGUGCAUGGAUGUAUGGCGAGAGUGUUAAUGUUUUUGCAUAAAGGGGCGUGGCCAGUUAUGAAUUUUUGUGUAGUCGACAUACAAAGAACAGAAAUAUCUAUAAUACAAAUCAAAUACAUAAUAAAUGUAAAGAUUUAAUGUAAA